UUUAUCGACUUGAAAAAAAUGAUUAAAUUUCUUAUAAUUCUUGGCACAUUGGUAUCGUCGAUACGCUCAAUACCUGGAUACGGAUAUGGACGAAUAAUGUCACCACCACCAUCAUUUGGAUUUGCAGCUGCUGCACCGAUAUAUGCUGCACCACCACCAAUGACGAUAUUAGCAGCAGCUCCACAAUAUAUGACACAAGCUGCACCAAUGAUGACAUAUGCUUCGGCUGCACCAAGUUGUAUGAUGGCCGCACCUCCACCACCACCACCACCAGCGAUGAUUUUUGCUCCCGCUCCAGCACCAAUCACACCAACAGCGACAACAAUUUUGUUGGCAUUCGCACCGCCGAAACCAUAUCGAUUCAAUACAUUUAGAGGUGGACGAUAUGCAUAAUUAAUUUGCGGUGGUUUUCAUUUAAUUCUUUUCAUGAUAUCAUCUUGUUGUUCUAUUCAUCCACAAACUGAUUACAUUUCCCAUUUUUUUUUUUAAUCGAAAUAUUUUGUCUUGUAAAUUCCAAAAAAAAAAAAAAUUUCAAAAUAAUAACUGUAAACGUAACGUCGUCUAUUAACGGUGCCUGGUACCUGUACAUAGAAAAUUUUCUCAAUUUGACAAAAAAAACAAACAAACAAACAAACAAAACACAAAAGUUCAAUCAGGAAUCGUAUCGUGUGUGGUUGCAUCAUUUUUUUUGUUUUGUUUUUUGGUCGAUUCUUCAUUGAAUCAUUGAUUCGUGUCGUUUUGUAAAAUUACAUCAAACAAAUGUAUGAAUAAAUCAACAGGCAAAUUUUUUUUUUCGUUCAAUUUCAUUUUCAAAGAUUUUGUUCCGAAAUUUUCAUAUCCAAUCCAAAGUGUUUGUGUUGGAUAAAUAAACUUACGGCAAUCGGUUUGAUUUGCUUUGUUAUUUAUGUUUCAAUUUCAUUUUUGUGUCUCUGUGUGUGUGUGUGAACUCAGAUUGAUUUAUUAUCCAAAUUCGGAAAAUUUAAGACAUUUUGUUUUUGGUGCAAAAGUUUCUGUAUUGAUUAUUUUCAUUCAACUGCACUGGACAAAUUCCAUAUUCAACGGUUACGGUCGAGGAAUUCCUAAAGCAAUUGACAAGAACAGUUAUCAAUACCAUCAUCAUCAUCAACAACAACAACGACAUCAACAUUGACACGAUCAUUGCAUGAGUGUGUGUGUGUACGACGACGACGACG